UGAUGAAUUCCGUUUUGCGGGGGCAAAAAUCAAGACUCUUGCGGCAGUUGAUUCCUCCCCAAAUCUACCAUGCAACUCUAGACAACUAAUGGCUUUAACGCAAGUUAAUCGGCACUCUAUGUAUUUAUGAUUUCCAGCAGCGACCUAAGCUACAUUAAUUCAGUCCAGCUCAAUAUCCAGUGGCGACUCCAGUCAUGCCUCCCGCUUUGGCUGUCCGCUUAACCUGCCAGGCCUGCACGCGUCGCAAAGUAAAAUGCGACAAGAAGAGCCCCUGCACAAACUGUCUAAAGCAUGGGAUUUCAUGUGUUGCUGUCGAGAGGCCACGUUGGCCACGCGGCCGGUCGGGGAAGCAGGCAAUAAGCCGAGAGCAAGAUCUGAGCAAUCGUGUAGCGAAGCUAGAGCAGAUGAUACAGAACCUUACCCGCUCAAAAAAAGGAACGGGAGAUGUGUCCAGCAGCCGUGGCGAGACUACCAUACCUAGGAGUGGACGGUCGCCAAAAUCACAGUCGGAAACGGUGCAGACAACUGAAGAGUUGUUUCCUCCGCAGCCGCUGAUUCUACAACCUACCAAUACCCCAGACGACGCCCUGGGCAGCGGGUCUGCCAGCUACACGACCAGACGAGAACGACGCACAGAGAAUCACCCGGAGCUGCCUUCGGAACCAGUGCGUCGGAGGAUACUCGUCGACAUCUUUCUUCGCCAAGUCGACCCGGUCUUGAAGAUCUUGCACCGGCCAUCUCUCUGCGCCUAUCUCCUGGAGGGAAAGCCCUAUCUGGGCUAUGCUCCGGGGCAUCCGGUACCUGCGGCUCUGGCCUCUGCCGUGUUUUAUAUGGCGAGCUCGACCCUGGCUGAAGACCAAUGUCUCGCUCUCCUUGGCGAGAGGAAAGAGACGGUCCUGGCAAGAUACAAUGAAGAAACCAAGGCCGCCCUCGGGAAAGUCGACUUCCUGGUUACAAACGAUCUGACAGUAUUGCAGGCAUUCGUCCUGUCUUUGGUGGCUGCAAGAACACACGAUCACAGCCGAAAGGUCUGGACAAUGCUCAGCGUAGCCCUGCGCAUAGCGCAAGCACUCUCGCUGCACAUGACCGACCCUCCAUUUCCAGUAACGCCGUUUGAACGCGAGAUGCGCCGCCGCUUGUGGCACUUGAUCGGCUGGUUGGACCUUGAGGCAUCGCUAAACCGCGGAUCGGAAAGCAUGAUGCGGUCUGCAUGGAUUCAGACACAUUCCCUCACGAGCAUCAACGACGAUGAUUUUGGAUUCCACUCGGAGGAUCCCUUACCGGCUGCGCAAAGCGGGCCAACGGAGGCUACCCUUCUCAUUAUGUUUGCGCAUGGCCAAUGCGCUCUGCGUGCCUUGGACUUAUCCCACUUUGCCGAACCGGGAAUCACCGACAUCCAUAUGCGACAGCAAACGGUGGACCACUUUCGUCGUACUACGAAGGAGCUCCUGGCCGGCUGUGACCCCGAAAAUGUCGCGUUCCACUGGUUCACGAGCCAGAUCCAGGAGCAGAUAUCUGCUGUUCUGCAACUUAUCGCUCUCCGGCCACUCCAGAGGAGUCCGACCUUUGUCCCUGCGGAGCUGCCAGCGCCCCAAAUGCUCGCCCUCGCAGCCGACAUUUUAGAACGACGUCAGAGAAUCUUCAGCGAUUCUUCUCGAGCACAGCCCUGGCGCUGGGUCGAGCUGUUAUAUUUUCCCUGGCAUGCGCUGGUUGUCGCCAUGACCGAGGCCUGCGUCUGUACUGACCGAUGGGUGAUAGACAGAUACUGGCCUACGCUUGAGCAUAGCUAUGACCUCUUUCAGAAGCAGGCUGUUGGUACACACUAUGACUGGCUUUCGGCGUCAAUGGAGAGUUUAAUGAACAACGCCCAAGCAGCGCGACAAAAGGUGGUCGACUCCGAUGCGACAGGGCUUCAAGCGCCCAAUUCCCACAUCUAUAUGGACAUGGCGUCUCUCGAGGGCCCAGUCCUGUCGGAGGCUCUGCCACCUGUACCUGACGCGAGUUUGGCAGCGGAGGAGCUUACUCAACUACAAGACCAGGACGUCAGCGCGUGGGCGCAGUAUGGGGAUUUUACCGACCGCUUCUAUGAGCUUCAUGCGAUCUUUGACGGUGGGCUAACCUAGCGUGAUACCUCACGACACUCAGCCGCAUGAAAUCAACGGAUCUGGCUCGGUCAUGGAUUCUAGGACUCCUGUACUACUGUAAUUACUCAUCCAUACAGAGAUGGUAACAUGAACAACAUGCUCUUCGUAGCUAUCUCUUCUACUAUCAGUCGUCAUCCAAGGAACCAUCACUCGGGUCUAUAUCCAUCUCGGCUUGGAAUGAAACCCGCAACACCCUCGCCGUGUCCCUCCCAUCCGUCGAAUUCAGUCACAUACUUGAUGGCCGCCUUGAGGUAAAAGUCAUCCUUACGGCCAAACGUCUCCUGGAAGACCUUUGGAGCCCGCACCACUUUGAAGAAAUGCGCAUCCAGAGCCCACUUGUGCGCCAAUGCGGUAUCAACCACCCAAUUCC